CACCAGCAUGCAUCGCGAGGCGCUGCGCAUGACAACUAGGCGACAGACUCUACUACUACUGCUGCUUCUUCAGACUGCAGAGAGAGUUUUGGGAGGCGGUUGCCAUGGAGCCGGCAUGGCGACAGCAGGGCAGGGGGCGUGGCCGGAGCCAGGUGGGCCAGCAGGGCGAACGGGCGCGCCCUCCCCCUCAGAAGGAGAGAGAGGGGGGGGCCGCUGGAGCGUGGGGGGCCGGACGCGGGGCCGGGACCAAGGCUGAACCUCAGCCGGCUGUUUCGGUCCAAACUAAGUUCGAGGAGAUCAGGAAGUCCAACCAGGCGGCCGCUCAGCGAUUGGCUGAGACUCGUGUCAGCUCCUCCUCCGAUGAUGAUGAUGAUGAUGAUGUAGACGUAAAGGUCGACCAGAAGGACGGAAAGAGAGGGAAGAUCCUGGCGUCGACUUUCACCACCUACACCGACCAGACAGGGUUAGGUGCAGCAUCUUAG